AUAAAACGAAAAUACGACGUAAAUUACAUUAACUUAAAUUUAUUACGCGUUAAUGAACUAGUAUAUAAUCCGCAAAGUUUUCAUAUAUUGCCGAUUUUUGAUAUAUUUAUUUAGUUGUGGUGUUUGCUGCAGAAAAUGCUGCGCCAGCCGCUAACCCGGGCGCUAACGCUGAGCUCGCCGGCGCGUGCAGCGCCUCUCGCGGCACGUACCUUCGCUGGACCGCCACCACCACCAGAAAAAUUCGAAGUCUUCAUCGAUGACAAGCCUGUAAUGGUUGUUCCUGGCACCACUAUCUUGCAGGCUGCAGCUCAAGUAGGAGUAGAAAUUCCCCGUUUCUGCUACCAUGAGCGUCUUGCAGUAGCCGGCAACUGCCGCAUGUGUCUUGUGGAAGUUGAGAAGUCACCAAAGCCUGCAGCAGCUUGUGCUAUGCCUGUUAUGAAGGGGAUGAGGGUCAAAACAAACUCAGAUUUAACAAAGAAGGCUCGUGAAGGUGUUAUGGAGUUCCUUCUGGUCAACCAUCCCUUGGAUUGUCCCAUCUGUGAUCAGGGAGGUGAAUGUGAUCUUCAGGAUCAGUCUAUGGCCUUUGGCUCAGACAGGAGUCGAUUCACUGACAUUCAUUUCUCUGGCAAGCGUGCUGUGGAGGACAAAGAUGUGGGCCCCCUGAUCAAGACCAUAAUGACCCGCUGCAUUCACUGCACGCGUUGCAUCCGUUUUGCGUCGGAAGUAGCUGGUGUUGAUGACUUUGGUACCACUGGUAGAGGCACUGACAUGCAGGUUGGAACAUACGUCGAGAAGAUGUUCCUAUCAGAGCUUUCUGGUAACAUUAUUGACCUGUGCCCAGUAGGCGCCCUCACUUCGAAACCCUACAGCUUUGCUGCACGACCCUGGGAAACCAGGAGGAUCGACUCCGUAGAUGUUUUAGACCCUCUGGGUAGCAACAUCGUUGUUGCAACUCGUACGAAUGAAGUGCUGCGUAUUCUCCCGAGGACCAACGAGGAGAUUAACGAGGAAUGGUUAUCAGACAAGUCCCGGUUCGCGUGCGAUGGUCUGAAGCGACAGCGGCUGGUGACGCCCAUGAUGAAGGACAGCAGUGGGAACCUCGCGCCCGUCGACUGGGAGGACGCUAUGGUGGCCGCCGCCCGCGCGCUCAAGGACUGCCCGCCUAACAAGUUGCUGGCGGUAGCGGGUGACUUGGCAGACGCCGAGUCCCUGGUGGCGCUGAAGGACCUGGUGAACCGCCUGGGCUCGGAGAACACCUGCACCGAGCAGUUCUUCCCGCUCGAAGGCGCCGGCAUCGACUUCCGCUCCUCAUACCUCUUCAACACCAAGAUUGCUAACAUCGAAGAGGCCGACCUGAUCCUCCUCAUCGGUACCAACGUCCGCUUCGAGGCUCCGCUGCUGAACGCGCGCAUCCGCAAGGCCUACGUGCACAAGGAGACUGACAUCGCAUACAUCGGACCCAAAGUUGACCUCACAUACGAUUACAUGCACGUAGGUGAUUCAGCAUCGGUAGUAAAGGACUUGGCGACCGGUUCCUCCUCCCACGAAGUCCUGAAGCGCCUGGAGUCAGCUCGCCACCCCGUGGUGAUCCUGGGCGCAGACCAGCUGAAGACUCCCGAGGGCGCCGCGCUGCUGGCAUACACGCAGGAGCUGGCCCUCCGCCUGCAGGACAAACUGGAAGACAAGAACUGGAAGGUAUUGAACGUCCUCCAACGCACGGCGUCACAAACGGCCGCCCUAGACAUCGGUUACCAGCCCGGAGUAGGCAAGGCGUUGCAAGACGGCCCACAAGUGGUAUACCUACUGGGCGCUGACAGCGGAGUCAUCUCCCGCGACCAGUUACCCAAGGACGCUGUUGUUAUCUACCAAGGCCACCACGGCGACGUGGGCGCGGGCAUGGCGGACAUCGUGUUGCCGGGCGCCGCCUACACGGAGAAGCGCGCCACCUACGUCAACGCGGAGGGCCGCGCGCAGCAGACGCUGGUGGCCGUCAGCCCGCCCGGCCGCGCCAGGGAGGACUGGAAGAUCAUACGAGCUCUAUCGGAGGUGGUUGGCGAGCGCUUGCCGUACGACAGCCUGGACGAGGUCCGCGACCGCCUGAGCCAGGUCAGCCCCGCGCUCGUGUCCUACGGCGACGUGCAGGACAACAACUACUUCGCGCAGGCUCGCGCUCUCGCACAGAGUCUUCAGAAGCCAGUGUCGGGCAAGCUAGACGUCCAGCUGAAACAGUUAGAGGACUACUUCAUGACGGACACCAUCAGCCGCGCGUCACCCACCAUGGCCAAGUGUGUGCAGGCUGUACUUAAACAGAAGCAGUCGCAGUACUAGACGCGACGUACACACACGAAUUCCUGACUUACAUGAGGACUAACCUAUAAUCCGGUAAUCACCUUAUUUAUAUACACAUACGUAUUAAUAUCGCUUGAAUGUAGGUAUCAGACAAUUUGUGUGGCGUACGGUAUCAAUAAGAUUAUAUUCCCAACUUCUGUCGCUUGAGUUUUACGUUCUAAUCCGGUUCUAAUAGGUUCAAAUAAAUUAAAACAAACUUGCUAUUUUGUUAGAGUGAAAAACUCAAGCGUACGACGUUGUUUUUUAGAAUAAUUAUAAAAUUUAUUUUUUGCCUUUCUGCAAUCAUUUUUACGAGGGAAAUACUACAGAAACGCAGUAAGCGCGGUCGACGUUACCUCCGUACCUCAAUCAAUAAUAUUAUAAUUAAUGUCAGAUAAACUCUUUCGACAGCGCUUGUACAAUGUGAUUUGUAGCUAUUUAUUUUGUUAUUUAUUAGAUAAGAACAACAGUGUUACAAUUUAAUAGAUUCCAAUAUUAAUAUAAACAUACAUAUUAUUCAUGGUACUCUAGUAGAUAUGGAUUGAAGAAGAGCAACCGGUCGGAAAUUGAAUGUAAGGACAAAUGUUUUGUAAAUAAAGUUUGUAGUAUAAAAUAAAACGUAGUAUAAUGAUUGUCGAA